AUGGGGGCAAACUACCCCAUUGAUGUGGACACAAAGGAACUUGUGCCACGCGACAUGAUGAUGAGGUUGACGGUAGACCGGUACGGUAACCGGUUCAAGCCUGUCUACGUCAUUUGGCGGAAGUUACGCACGUAUACAUUGGUUCCACAGCAAUGUAACGCCCCGACCAGAUCCAGUAUUUUACAUACAGCGAUUACCAAGGCAUUUAAUGAAGCCUUCGCAUCAACAAUGCGACAGCAAAGAGGUCGAAAUUACGUGGCCCCAGCUGAGAACGAGAUGAGGCCCAGCACGGAAAGCGUCGCUGGGAAUCCCUGCGACGAUGAUACCAGAUCAACAGAAGAUGACAAUGGUGAUACAAGUACUGAGACCACGCAUCCCAAUCCAGAUCCUCCCAGUACGGCCUCCACCGACCAAGAGGUAAUGGGAGCUGGUGAAGACAUUCGUUCAAUUCCUUCACGACUCGAAGGAGUCCAAAUUGGGCACCAGGCAAAGAAGGAGGUUGGCACCCAUCUGGGCUGA